UUCAGUUCUCCCGGAGCGCGUUUUCCGUGCGCGGGCCGAGGGGGCUCAGUGUGUCCGACCGCCUCCUGCCGGCAAGUCAAGAGUCCGGGAGAUCUCUGCGCCUAUAUUAGGCGUCCAGAGUCAGCCAUGGCCACGAGUCUCAAGGUCUCCCUGUGCGUCCUCCUGGCGACGGCGGUGCUGGCGGCGAGCCCGGAGGCCGUGGAAGGAUCUCCGCUCGGCGGCUUGGUCGCCGCUCCUGACACGGACUCCCGGGGGCAGACCACAGUUUCGCCCUCGAUCAUCGUCAACCCCCCUUGCCGAUGCCCCCCCAAAACCACUGGGCGUCAGAGAAUCCCUGUCGUUGUCUACCGAAGUGGGACCCGCCAGAAGUCUAAGGGCCUGUCGCUCGAGCCACGCAGGACAUGUGAGGCCCAGGGCGCAGCUUUCCUGUGGGGGAAACAAGAUAACUCUCAAACAAGGCUGUCAUGAACUGAACUGCUUCUGCGAUGGUCAUAUUUUUGCAUAUAAUUUCAUAUCUUUAAGGUAACUUAACAAACUCGUGUACUGAUUUAUUUAGUGGACUACAGGAGUUAGCCAUUAUUUUUUAUGUAAAAUCAUUUCAAAGGCGAAGGCAAAAUAUAUCGUGAAAAUUUGGCAAUGUAUGCUCGCAAUAAACCAAAUUGUUUUUAGAA